UGGGGUGUUUGUUUCUGUGGAAAAUGCAAAUUUUUUUUUGAAGAUGGGAAACAAAAUAGAAAGACUAGGAUUUAUCUCCGGUAGGAAUUGGGACAUGGAAAAUAGGGAAGUCAAGAGAAAAGGAAUGAUAAAAUAAAAGCACCCAACACCCCCGCAAAGGCCAUACACACUCGCAGAGAAGACAGAAACGGAAGCCACUCGCCUCGCAGCUCCAUCUCACGCCAUGACCGCUCCUCCGCCUCCCCCUUCGCGGCUCGACCUCCGCACCACCACUCAACUUCUCAAACGCACCGCCUCCUCCUUCUCCUCCACCCCCUUCACAUUCCUCUUGCUCUCUCUGCUCCUCUUCUCCUUCCGCACUGUUGUCGAGGACGGUACCCUUAUCCUCACCGCCUUCAUCGACCGCGAUCCUUCCCUCCGGGCUCUCCUCUCCCGCCUCGAUAUCGCCGGUAAGAACAUUCCUGCCACCCUCUCCUCUCCCCCCACCGUGAAUCCCCGUCACCGUCGUCGCCCCUUUCUCCACCUCACCCGCGUCGGAACCCUAGAUGAUGAUUUUUUCUCCGGAGAUGAAUAUGAUGAUCGGACCCUCUUCGGAGGUGGCCGGAGGACUCAAAUCAAUGGGAGUUUUCUGAGUUUAAGCCGUUUUGACCCCAAAUUAGGGUUUUCGGGUUCUGUGGAGGAUAAUGGAAUUAGGGCUUCGGAGAUUGUUCGGUCGGGGUUUUCGUUCAAAGGUGAGGGUUUAUUGUUUACGGAUGGGAACGAUGAUGAUGGUGAUGAGGGGAACCAGACGGUUGUUUUGGAGAAUAAAGAGGAAAGAGGGGAUUUUCCGUUCUUCAUCAAAGGAAUGGAUUUGGGCAGUCGUGAUUCCGCGGCGUUGUUCUUUCUUGUGUGUUUCUUGUCUGCAGCUUAUGGCUGGGUAAUUCUUGGAUUUCUGGUUACGUAUUCAUGGGUCCUUGGCAUUGUGUUCAUUUCUGUUGUUAAUGAUCAUCUGCGGAGGACGACUUCAUUUAUUGGGACAGUUUGGGAUGGUUCUAGAUUGGGAUUGAGGAGGCUCUCUGGGUUUAUUCUCAUGAGAUGGGCAGUUAGGGAUGGAAUGACUCAGCUUCUUGGUUUAUGGUUCUUUGGUGAAAUUGAAGAUCAAUAUUCGUUCUUCAAACUGUUUGUGAGGUUGAAAUUGAUGCCAUUCUCUGUCAUGUUGCCAUGGAUCCGGGGAUUCGAGAAGGAGAUUUCUGGGUUUCUGUUUAUAUGGUUUCUUUGGGAUACACUGGUAUCCUUUAUUUUUGCUGUGGAUGCUUGGGUUGCUAUAGUAGAUACAAGACGGAGUGGAAGGGAUAUUGUUAGGGAAGGUGUUUAUUUAUUAUCAACAAUGUUGAACCAAGCCAUUCAAAUAAAAUGUCUGGAAGCUAUAUUUUGCGGGUCUUUUGUGAGAUGGGCUCUGGCUAGAUUUUGUGGGAAAUUGUUUGCUGCAGUUUUUCAGUCAGUUGUUGAGGUUUAUUUUAUGGUGGCUUGGUUGAUAUUUUACUUUGCAGCAAGAUGUAGAGUUGCUAGUACAGAAGGAAGGAGGUUUGGGAGGAGAGAGUUGGAAGGUUUUAUUGAAGGCCUUAGAUGAUGAUAUCCCAUUCCAACUGAGUGGCACUUCACUUGCAGGCUUCAAUUGUAACACUCUAAAAUAGUGGUAAUCUUUUGGUGCUUUGUGCGUUUCUGUUUUGCAGUUGGUGUGGUUCAGCACUGCCAUUGUUUCGCGAAGUCACCAACAAUGUGUUGUAUGUACUUUAUCAUGAGGCAAUCUAUUACCUGUGUAUAUUUUCAUGAGAA